CUGGCGUCGUUCGCGGGUCUGCACCGGAUUGAGUCCCUCCCGCAAAAAACACUCUCGACGCAUGGUCGACGGGGAUUGCCCUUUCGAAGACUUUUCGAUAGAGCAACGCACCAAGUUCUUCCUAGUCUCGUUCUUUGCACCUUCCCUUUCUCUUCGCUGAUUGCCGCUGUACUCGAUCUUUUCUCGUCGUCAAACCUCCACGCUUCCGCAGUCCGGGCUCCUCCUGACCUCGUUGUGUCUCAGGCGUCGCUGUCACCUCACCACCGACGCGCUCGCCUCAAGGAGCCUCAAGGGGCGGGCACCUGCAGGCAUUUGCGUUUACAGUUGAGUGCGCCCCAUCUGGAUUUUCUCGUCCUUAUUCCUCUUCACUUUGGCUAUUUCAUCUUCCGGGAUGAAGCAACUCAACAGGCGAGAGUAACUCGCGGUUGCAUCAGGAGACCCAGGGUGGACACACACUGGAAGAAGACACUCGGCGGCGCUAGGUCUGCCCUCAAGGCGGGUGUAGAAAAGAGCCUGGCGCAAAAGAACCGAGAGAGAAAUGGAAGGAAAAUGAGAAAGGGAGUAUUAACGUGCUCUGAAGGUGCUGGACAUGCAUCAUCUUGACACUAGACUACGCCUCGGGCUUCGUGGAGAUUCUCUGUUGCGUUGCUCUCACUUCUCUCGUCUCUACCGGCAAAAAGUCUUCCUCGGAGAAAGGCUCGCGUGAAAAUCCACUUUCUUCCCUACUUCACCGCGGGUCGUCUUCGUCUGCCAUACGUAGGAUGUCCUGACGACACCCGCCUCCGGGGUGUGUAUGUACGCUGAAUAGCCUUGAGAGCGCCAGACGCGGUUUCGACGCACAACUCUUGAAAGCGGUUUCUGCACGAGUCUCCGCAUUUAUGAUCAGCGCUAUUUUAGCAGACGCAUUCAAAGCAGAAGAAAUCUCUACAGGCUCCCAAGCUGCUGUCAAAGCUCUCGGCAUUCUCUGCCGGUUCUCUCCAUUGUUCGCAGCCCUCGGCCUGUUAGCCGCACCGCCCGCACCGAACUCGCAGAUGCUUUUUUUUUCUCGCGUGAACACGAGGCCCUUUUUUUCUUCUGCCUUUUGCUUUGUCCAGUGCCCUGCUCGCUAAAUUCUGGAACCCCAGCUUUGUUCGUUUCUCCGAGUCUUCCAAGAAGGCGGCCUCGCUCAGGUGGUGUCGUCUGGAUUGUGUCUGUACACCUGGACGACUCGACUCCCCCCAAGUCAAAACCGUGGAUCUGCUUCCCCCACGGGGACUGAACGGCGCCGUUUUUUCCGCGUUUUGUCUCCUGCAGUGAUCGGAGAGAAACCCGCGUUCAAACGAGAGUUCUCAAAGAUAUUCUUCGUUGGUUUUCCGAGCUCCUGUGUUUCCCCGACCUCCGCGUACAUCUGCGUCAGCAGCCCCCUUUACGCGCUGCAACUGGGGUCGGUGCAGGUGUGGUUCUCUGCGGUCUCUGGACUUCCGGAUUUCAGCGAAUUUUCGCGGGUCUCGGCUGCGGAAAACUUCCUUCCGAAAGCGGCGAUCUUUCGCUUUUCGAUGCAAGUUCCUGGGAAGUCCCCCGCCUCCCCCGAUACACACCCGCCAGGCGCGAAAAACCCCUCGCCUCCGUCGUUCCAAAGACUCUCCGCCCUCGCGCUCCCGAUCCGCAGCAGUUUCUCUCACUCUGUUCUUCGCGGGCUUUCCACUUCCCCAAAACGGAUAGAUUUUUACUGCCCUCUCUCUCUGGCGUUCCUUUUGCUUUCCUUUCGUGUCUCCUCUCUCGGGAAAGGUGGCAUUUUCGUUCCCCGUCGUCGACGACCCGGCACGAGGGGCGCCUCGUCCUCGUUAGAUCGCAGUCUCGCGCUCUGCUGGAACACAGCGGACACCAAAAAUGUUCUUUUGAAAGCCGGGGAAAAGCUUUCAAGAGAAAUGUCCACGCCUUCUUGAGUGGUUUUAAGUUGAGCUCACGCCUGUCUGUCUCCGGGACUUGGAAAUUUUCUUUUCUCCGGCUGGUGAUCUGUGGCUGCUUGGCAAGCGUCGCAGCCGGCGGUUCUUUUUGCCGACCCGCAGAGUGCGACAGCGAUUUCCUUUUCUUUUUUCUAGAGCUUCUGCAGUCUUCCAGAUCCACUGCUCUCCCGCCGAGGCUCUCGCGCAUGCGUGUGGCCUCUGAACUCGAAGAAAAAAUCACCAGGGUCUCGAGAAAACGGCAAACAGAUUCGGUUCGUUUUCUCGAACGUGGCUGUUUGCCGGCUGUUUCCGGUGUCACUACACCCCCGCUGCUUCGCCGUCACCCGACACUUGGCUUUUCGCCGGGAACACCCGUCGCUUUCUUGUCUCGCCUUUUUCGUUCUUUUUUUCGCUUCUGACCCGUUCUUUCUUCGCCGAACGAGACGCCCUGCCUCCUGCUCUGUUCCGUUGUCCAAAAACUAGAUUGCCGACGCGAUUGCUUGGCUGUCUAGGCACCCCACCUUAGCGUUGUCUGCCGGAGAGAUGCAUCCGCAGCCGUACCUGGAAGCGGUAUUAGCUGUAUCUAGCGUUGCCGUUCAACCGACGCAGGCUCCCUGUGUCUCCGAGCACAUCUUUGCCCUACAAGGCGAACUCGCAUGUAGCUGCUGUGAAACUUUACACCGAUCGAUCGAUCUGGCGCCCUCCAGAGACAACUCUACUCCGGAUUGAUAGUUUUGUGUCGGAAUUCUGCAUUUUCACCUGCUGGCCGGAGCUUCCUCCACUGAGAGGGAGAACCCCCUUGGCUCAACCGAGGUGCGUGACCGCCUGAGGGCUUGUUCACGGAAUUCCGGACUCAUCCUCCUGCUGCAGAUCUGCAGUCCGAAUCCCUGACACUGCAUGUAUAUAUAUGCCUAUAUGCAUAGGGAUGCGUUUGCAUUUGUUUUAUGCAUGGCACAGACAGGUGUACUGUUUGAUUUGUGGAAUAUUGGGACGUCUUUCGUAAUUCUGUCUGCGGGACUGUCAGCUUUCGAGUCUACAAAUGAAGAGCGGGUGGCGCAUGUAGUUUCACUGCAGGGAAUUUCGAGCUUUUUCUGGAGAGCGACGCCCGCUCGGGUUCGCCUGCUUCGUUCUUUGGAGCCUCGACUCGCCGAGCAAUCAAAAAGUCGAGAUUUUUGCGGACUGUCUGUUCCCAGUGAGUUUUGUGUCGAGAAUCUGCAAGGUUGUCUUUCGUUUUAAAAUCAUCUUUUUGGAGAAAAUCUCUCAGUUUUGGCGAUCUUCCUUCGACCUGUUGUGCCAGGGAGGUCUCCGUCGCCUUUUUUGUGUGUGCCACUGGACUUCUACGUUCCCCCUUUUUUCCGGAUUCCUUCUUCGAGUGCGUAUCUUCUGAAACACCCGCGAGCGCUCGACCGGCGUCGUCUCGUCUCUCUACAUCCUGUUGCGUCACGUUCCUCUCUUAUCUCCUCUCCUCUCUCUUCCGUCCUCUCUUCCCUCUGUUCUCUCCGUUCUCUCCUGCCUUGUUUCCCGCUUGCCCACUUCCGUUUUGUCUCCUCUCUGUUCUUCCUUUUCUGCGUUCCUCCACUCCAAUGUGAAGAAUCGACUUUCUGAAGAAGGCGAUUCCUUGAAAGCUGAAGCAGCGAUGAGCUCUGCGACGCCGUCGCUCGGGGUGUCCGUGGAGGGAGAGAGGCUCCCGUGCGUCGGGCCUUCGGCGGGCUUCGAGGCCCAUGGGGCGCGGAGGGAGCCCAACGCGCCCGAAGAGAUGCGUGGCGUGUCCGGCUUCUUCGGGGGGCCCGACCGCGCUUCGGGCGAGGCCGAGCUGUUCAGAGCCCUGGAGGGCGCGAGCGGCGUUUCCAAGACUUUCAACAGUGGUCCGUCAUCGCAUGCGUCUCGUGUGUCUCCCGUCCGGCAUACUUCCAGUUCUUCAGGAGACUGGAAAGCGCCUUGCCACGAGAGAGCGGCCGCAUGCGUCUCGUCUUCCCCCGUUUCGUCGCUGGAUCCCGCUGGGCUGUCUCUUCAUGGAGCAGCGACCAAAGGAGACACCUGUCUCUUCGAUCCUUCUUCCGCUCUGCACGCGCCCGGUCACGUCGGGGCCCUCUGUCCGGGAGAAUCCACACCCAUGCAAACGACGUCUCCAAAGGCAUUCUCUUCUUCAUCGCUCUUCGCGCCUGCAGAGUCGAGCUGUACGGACAUUGGGCCCGAGUGGGCGCAGUCCGAGAAGGAAGGGCCGCUCGUUUCUCUUCUUGUGCAGAAGCCACUGUCUCCGUCUGAGGACAGCGGAAGUCUUUUGUCUUCUUCUGGUUGUCCAUCCGAACCCCCGAAAGAUGUCUCAGAUCACUCUCCGCAACCAGCGAAAGAAACUGGGGCGUACCAUUCUUCUUCCCUCGGUUCUUCCCCAGCUUCUUCUUCUCCAGCUUCUUCUUCUCCAGCGUCUUCUUCUCGAGCUUCUUCUUCUCCAGCUCCUUCUCCCUCUUCUUCUCUCUCUUCUGCUUGCUCUUCUUCUCCAGCUUCUUCCGCUAUGCUCCCUGCUGCUGCUUCUUCCUCGUCUUCGCCGGGUGUCUCUGUUCCCCGCAAUCGGUGUUUGCGGUGUCUCCAGGACCAUUUUCUGUCUUCUCCAUCGUAUGGGGGCCUGUGGAGGCGACGUUCCGCGUCAGGAGUGCGUGCAGCUCGCGUCAAGUGCUUCGCAAUGCUCGAGGCUUUGAAGCGCCAUGCGCCUUCCUGGGCGGAAGAAGUAGUGCCGACGGCUUUUCAUGGUCUCAUGUCGCCGUAUGCGUAUCACUCGGCGCGUGUCUUCUGUUGUCCUCCCGAGGACCUCGCUGCGUACCACGAACUCUUCGGGCAGUGGCUCGCGAAAGUCGCUCUCCCGACCUCCUCAGACUCUGCUGUUCGCGACUCCGACGCAGCGGGCGAGACGAAGCCGCCCUCGAACAGCAGCCGUGAACUCUGGGUGCGUCCCUCGCGUCUCGCAGAGGCCGAGAGGACGCGAAGGCCUUCGUCGCCGGCGUCUUCUGAAGCCGAGGCAACUGCGGGAGAAGACGCGCGGGGCGGAAGGCUUCCCGACUCGCCGUGCGUCCUCUCGUCGGUCCAGUCGUCUGGAGGAGACGAAGAGCCGAGGAAAGCCAGGUCAGUAGACGUCGAACAAAGGAACGGAGAGGACGCGGGAAGCGAAGAGGAAGAGAGACUCGAGAGGGCGAGAAACACAGAGGAAGAAGGCCCGUUGGCCGGGCGUGCAGACGUCGCAUGGCUCUCAGGACACAGUGGAGAAGGAGGCGCGUUGUCCGAUUUGGCGCGGCGCCUAGACGCGGAGCUUCCAGUUUUUGACGGCCCUUCGAUUUCGUGGGGUGCGCGGGUGGCAGGAGGAGCCGCUGGAGCCCCCAUAGACGACGGAGAAGCAACAGACUCUUUGGCCUGCCUCGAGAGCCGAGACUCGGAAGAGCGAGGGUGCGCGGAGAAGUCGUCUACGUCGAGGCCGGGGCUUGCGGAGAAUGGAGAGGCGUCACGAGACGCCUGGAGUUUGACUCAAUUCCAGCAGAGAGAAGUACGGUCUCGUCUGCUGUGCUUUGUCCAGCGGCAGUCGAAGAAGAAACAACCAGAACCGGCGAGAGUUCGGCUGCGGAGGAUCCACAGCGCCCUGGUUGCCUUUCUCCGCAGAUACGACGCAGACAGCGCCUCGGCGUGUCUCCCGUCCUCUCACGUCGCUGGCGUCGGAGGCGACUCUCGGGCUUCCGACGCGGAGGCCGAGCGGAAACAGUCGGUCGCGGAGGAAGAGGCUGGGGGUUGGCGUGCAGGGGACUUUGCGGAGACGCGAGCGGCUGGAAUCUCUCCGAGCAGCUCGCUCUUCUUCUCAGAUUCGCAGCGCCUCCACUUUUCUUUUCUCCGCCCCGCGAUUCUCAGAACUUUUCUCCGGACCAGUCGCCUCAAGUUGCUUCGCCCAGACGCGCGCUCCGCUCGGUUGUCGGGACAGCCGCUCUGUCUAGACAGCCGACUGCUGCGUGCAUGCGGGGGCGGGGGCUGCUUCGGCGAGGCACACGACGCGGCCAGUUCUGCGAGAGGAACGCGUGAGGGCGGCUCGAGUGGCGGGGAGUUGAAGAAGAGAAGACCUCGUCUCGACCUCGCGCGGGUGCUUCUGGAAGAAGAAGAAGAAGAAACGACCGCCGAGUCUGAGAGCGGCCAAGGGAACGCGCUGGGAGAGGACGCGAGAGGAAGGCGAGGAGGCGACCGCCGCGGGGUUCGCGAUGGGAGAGUGGAGAGAGAGAAGUUGCGGAAGAGCCAUGCGGUGUGCAUCGAACGCAGUCGCGUGUGGGAAGAGAAUCUCGAGGAAGCUCUCGACGCACUCGAUGAGCUGAGACACGAGGUUGAGGCAACCCGCGCGGCGUCUCCUUCGCCUCCGACAGGCCGGCAGUUCGUGUUGCCAGUCGAGUGUAUGUACCCCAGGGGGUCUCCGCGUCGCGGCUUUCUCUGUCCUCUCUAUCCAUGUACAUCAGCAGCGGAUUCAGUUGUCCGUUUACGGUUGCCUGGUCCGGGAGUUCACCUGCUGUCUCCGCAAACAAGUUUGCGUUCGUGUACCUCGUCCUCGGCUGUCCAUCCUCAAUCUUCCCCCGAACCGAGGGAGUGCACAGACCUCUCCUCCAGUUUCUCGUCUGCACCGUUUUCGGUCUGGGAUCCGAGCUCCUCUUCGAGCUCGCAUGCGACUCCUGUGACCCCACUUCUCUCGCCACAAGACAUUGCUCGCACCUCGGGCCUCCUUGACAGAGAACAGUUCCACUUUCCAUUUUCUGUGCCUGCACCACUCCCGGAGUUGGACAUGGCGUCCAAAAGGGAUUCGUUUUCUCGACCUGGACAGUCGCGGUGUCGGGCUCCAGGCCUGAGUGCGGCGCGGCGGGUGCAGACGCCACAGCGACCUUCUGAAGAGUUGAACGCAUUCGAUCUCACCUCUGCUGUUCUCUUCGGGGAUCCUGCUGUGAGCGGACCUGUUCCGAAGAGAGUGCGCCGGGCGUUCUCUCGACAGACAUAGGACAUCGGCUUGCGGUGAGAGACUCAAGACGGCACUGACAUCAGCAUGCCUGAGAAGUUCACUAGGAAAUGCAAGUAGACCUCGUCGAGAGCCCGUGAAGAACAGGAGUGAAGAUGAUGCACUCGCCGUGUGUUAUCAACAGCAGCCAUGCAGGUCUGUAUGCCUCUAACCAGUGAAAGCUCGGGGAGCGCGAGGAGCGAAGAAGAAAACGAGGCAGAGAGCUGGAGAGGCGCGGCAGAGAGGAGCCGGAUGAGAGAGGCGACCAACGCUGUGUUUCAGCAGAGACGCAAAGGGAAGAGAGAGGGGCAGAAAGAGAGAGAGGGAGUGGAGUGUAUGUGGAGUGAAGCUCCGCGGACUUCUGCGCAUGCGGGUGAUUUUUUCGCAAGGAUUUGAGUGCGCAAGCAAAGGGGACAAAGCCAAACGGAGGUGUAGCGGUUGAAUGGAACGAGGUGGAGGCAGGGACGCAGUGUCGUCAGAAAGGGGGAUGUGUCAAGGAUGAGAAGCGAGGGGGACGAAAUGGAAUGGAAAGAAAACGAGAACUUAAAGGGGAAGUCGAAACCCUAAAAAAACUGCGGAAGCGAUGCGUGGCAGUUAAAAAUCCAAGACUUCGAAAAGAAGCGCGAUUGCCUCGGGGUGACGAGCAGUCUACGAGUGUUCGUCGUGGUCGAUCUUUCGACGGGCGGAUGUCAAGAAGAAAUCUUCAGGGUCCUUUAGAGUUGAAGAAUUUUCUGUAGUUUUUUCUACGAGAGGGGGGGUUCUUUACUAGUAGAGCAAGCAAGAACGCUUUUCGUCACGAAAAGAGAGGGUGGUUUUCGGGGAAACUCUUUGGUAGAGCGGCACUUGUGGGAACCUCGCUCGAAGGAUGGGACUGCUCGCAGGGCCGGUUCUUUUUUUGCGUUGUUUCUUCGAUAAGCAAGAGCGGGAUUCUCCGGCUGUCUGUGUCCGUGUCACUUUUUUGAGUCUUUCUGGAUGCCAACGUCCUCGUAGGAAAUACUUCUUUUUCGUUUCCUCCGAUGCAGUCUUUGUUUUCCGAAGAAAGAUGUUCUGGGAUCUUUCUUGGCCCAACAUUGUGGAGAUGAACGUUGCGUGCAUCUCUAUCAAUGUCUAGAUGCUUUC